ACGCCCUUUCACUUGUCAGUGGGGGGAAAAGUUUGAAGGGAAGCAAAAAAAAAAAAAAAAAAAAGAAAAGAAAAUCACGGAAGAGACUAGCAGUUGUACGAGUUUGGCAAGUUGCGUGGACUCGAAGCGGGAGUCGUUGCAGCAGCUCAGAGAGAAGAAAAGGAGUUCCAAAAGUCACUUUUUGCGCAUAUUUUCACGCUCAGCCCGACGCUUUACGAGGCGAGUCAUGGAGGACGCCAUUCAGACAGUGGUCAAGGUCUUCCUGAAAUUCUGCAAAGGGAAGGAGAGUUUGGGAUCUAAAGACUUCCAGAACCUGGUCAAGAGCCAAUUCAGCAACAUCCUAUCGGACACGGACAGCAAGGAGGCUAUCCAGAACAUGGGCAAAGGCUUGGACUCAAACAAGGACGGUAAAGUGGGCUUCGAGGAGUACAUGAAGCUAGUAGGCUACUUAGCUACCUCCGUUAGCGAGCAGCGUUGCCGCGCCAACGACGGCCAGCCCGCCCAGAACGCCACCGCUGACAACGCCGCGCCGGCGAAUGCCGCGCCGGCGAACGCCGCUCCCAAAACCGAAACCAAUGAAGCCAAGCCGGAAGCAGAGGCGAAUGAAACGGAGGUGAAGCUGGAAGCCAAAAAGGAGGAUGAGAAAAAGCCUGUUGAGGUGACCUUACCCGGUAUGAAAGUGACCUCAUCGGGCGUGGAGGUGACCCCACCGAGCGUUGACGUGACUACGUCGAGCGUGGAUGUGACACCGCCUAGCGUCGAUGUGACCCCGCCUAGUGUCGAUGUGACCCCGCCUAGCGUUGAUGUGACCGCGGCAAGCGUUGAUGUGACCCCACCGAGUGUGGAGGUGACAACCUCCAGUGUGGAAGUGGUGGUGAAGGAGGAAACCCCCGUGGCGGAGGAGACGGAAAAGAUCGCCGGAGAAGCGGCUGAGAAGUUGGCCGAUGCGGCCCAGGGGGACGCCGAGAAGAAGCCUGAAGAUUCUGCUGCCUCGUAGGGGACAAUACAGUCAUCAAGCCAGCCAUCACACUAAUAGUGAUUAUAUGAAUAAUAAUAAUUACCCUGCAUCAACACUAAGAGCCACUACGAGAGCUAAAGGCUUGAAUUUAUAUCAAGAAUAUGACCACUAAACAUCUUACUAUUGAUCAUCUCCAGGUAGUAAGAUCCUACAGAGAUAACUAGCUAUUUUAAUGGCUGUCUCGUCUGUAUAGCUUAUCUUUCUAUCUACGAAUUUCCUUACUAUAUACAGUAGCUAAAUGUGAAGCUGGAAUGCUAGAUAAAUAGCUCAUUAGAUAACUUAAUUACCACUAAACUAGUGAUAAAGAGGAUCCAGAAAAAUAAACACAUCAUCUCAUUUAAAUAGCCAUCUACAGUAUCUAGCGAGCUUUUUUUCAUUCAGUAGCUAACUGUUUUACUCGCUUUAACUGGAUCUAUUUUCUUUUAGAAAUUCACAGAUAGAAUGCUAAUUAGCAUAGAACUAGAUAGCCACAACUAUUAGUUAUACUACAUAUUCAACUAGCUUGCUAUUCUACAAGUAGCAACGUAACAAGUUUUCCUAAAACUGACAGUCUGCCAAAAUGCUUAAUCCAGUUGUGAUGCCCAUUCCAUGUUUUUUUUUUUUGUUUUUUUUUUGUUUUUUUGUUUUUUUUCACCACCACUCGUCGAAUUGCUAUUACGUGUUUUCUAUUCCUGUGAAUUUUAUUUCCAGCCAUUAGAAUGCUGAGCUUUUGUACGGAGCCCCUAAGGUGACAUGGAAGAAGAAAAAUGGGGGGCAAAAAAAGUAAUAAGUUGACGCUGAGAAAAAUUAAAGUGCCUCGAAAGGGACAUUUUUUUCUGUCAAAGCAAAAAAAAAAAAAAAAAAAAAAAAAACGAAGUUGGAGCAAAAAUAUAUUAGAAUACAGCAGGGAAAAAAAUAGCAGAAUUAGGUCUUUUUAAGUGUUUUUUUUUUUUUUUUGCUUCGAUGCAAAAACAUUUUUUUUGCUUCAUGUAAAAAAAUUUUUUUUGCAUCGGAGCAAAAAAAAAAAGUUUAUCGCAGCAAAAAAAAAUUUAAAAGACCUAAUUACGCUAUUUUUUAAACGUUUGUUGUGCCACUCAAUUUCCAGGUAAACAAUGGCAACAAUUGAGCUUGUUCACCCUUCGUAGGGCGGAGCCCUUAAGGUGACAUGGAAGAAAAUGGGGGAAAAAAAAGUAAUAAGUUGACGUUGAGAAAAAUAAAAGUGCCUCGAAAGGGACAUGGAAGAUUUUUUUUUUUUUUUUUUUUUUUUUAAUUGCAUCGAAGCAAAAAAAAAAAGUUGAUUUCGCAGCAAAAAAAAAAUUUAAAGACCUAAUUACGCUAUUUUUUAAACGUUUGUUGUGCGACUCAAUUUCCAGGUAAACGAUGGCAACAAUUGAGCUUGUUCACCCUUGUGGCAGGUUAAUUGAGUUAUACUUUGAAAUAGGCCUGAAAUAUGAUGACAUAAGACGGUGGGCUCCUAGUUUUGUCAACUUUAAGAUGUAAUUGUCAAGGACGGGCCAUCUGUUGCCAAAGGAUUCCGGUAUUUUGCCCUCCCUCAGGUCACUGAGCGUCCAAGUCGUUCUUAAUGAUCUCUUCGAUUUCUAAAACUCAAUUUUUAUUUUUUAUUUUUUGCUUAGAUGUCAAAAAACAUUUUAAUUCGAUCUCUUUUUUUUUUUUUUUUUUUUUUUUUUUUUUUUUUGCUUUGACAGAAAAAAAAUCUUCCAUGUCCCUUUAGGGGCACUUUUUUUUAUUAUUUUUUUUAACGUUUUUUCUCUGUUUUUUAUUUCAUCUUCCAUGUCCCCUUUUGGGCUCGGUACUUUUGAGAUGUGUAGUUCGCUAGUGACUGAGCUACCUAUCAAUAAAACAGUGCUGAGGAGAAUAAAGUCCUAAAUUUAUGGCUCGAUAAAAUCCCUAGUAAUAUUUUAGCUUUAGCUUGCAUAGCUUUUAGCCACCUACUAGCUUUUCCAAAAUUUAUAUCCCUGUAAAUUUGAAUUUCCUAGCAUAACAUGUGAAUUUUAAUAUUCUAUUAUGUAGUAGUCUAUCUAAUAAGUAGCUGUCUUACUAUCUGACUAUUUUUAUUUGGAUAAUUUUAUCGAUAUCUCAAGCGAGCCAACUUCUAGAACAGUGAUUCUUAACCUUGCUAAAGGUACCGAACCCACCGAGUUUCAUAGGUGCAUUCACCUAAGCCUUCGGAAUUUCAUAAUAGAGGCAUUUUUUACGAAUUCAAAACCUAGUAAGCCAACACCUAAGUGAAGUUCUGUUCAAAUUUCUUCCAGAUUUCAAGUUUACGACAAAUAAUUUUGCCUUUUGCUGUAGAUUUUUACGUUGGUAAAUGAAAUGAAACUGUUCACACUGUUCCUUUUUAUGUUUUCAUGUCUACAUUGUCAUUAUAUUGUCACAUUCUUCCAUCACAUACUAGUUUCAUAACGUAAAAUGACACAAUUUUUUGAUUACGCAGUUCAUAGUCUGUAAGUCCUCGUACAAAGUGCCAGUCAACCUUCCACUUAGGAAACCGAUGUCUCCUCCCUUUAGACAGAGGGCUAGCAGUUGAAAGAAAUGGAACAAAGCCUGUAAAUUGAGGGCAAGCCAGUCCACAACCUGCUCUAAAAUGCCACUUUGCCUCAGUGUAAAAAGUAGAGCUUUGCGUUUCUCAACCUUCACGGAACCCCUGAGGCUUGUCACAUCCAGUUAUGAACCACUGUUCUAGAAUAAUAGAAUUCACUACGACAAAGCUAGCAAGUAGGCUAAAUAGUAGGCCAGCUAGCAACCAGAGUAUAUGAUUUUAAAAAAAAUAUGACCACAAUGAAACUUAUGACUAUGAAAUAUAAACCUUUGUAGUGUCAAAUGCACUUAUAUGACACCAUGUUGUACAACUUUGCCAGUAAAGUGGCCUAGCUUAACGACAUACCACCGCGAGCAUGUGCAUGCCACUAAUAAAGCACAUUUACCUAGUGUCAUGUGAAAAUACGCUAGCGUUUACACCCUUACUACUUUAAAGGGAAUAGAUUUCUUAUAUAUCGUGACAUCUCUAAUGCAUUGACUUGUAUUGUUUCUUGAGGUUGACUCAUAAGGGGAACUAAACCUAUAAUGUCAAAAGUUGUAAUUUAAAUGUGCCUAGCCACAUCUAACGCUAAUUAACAAGUAUUUGUUCUUAAAAUAAUAAUAAAGGCAAUUUUUUCCCAAAUUAACAUGAGGUGUUGAUUUUAAUCAACCUGGCACUCCAUAAAAAAUUAAUUAUUCAGGUAAAUUUUUCCACAAACGCAUCAUUUGACUUUUCCUGGCAAAUUCACGAAUUGGGUUUAGUUCCCCUUUCAUUCAUUUAAUGCUAAUUAAUUUUCCCACUUUUUGUCACUUACAAAUGGAUUUUUAAAAAAUUGUGUGCCGAUAAUAAACAAAUUGUGUUACCACUAAUCAAACUUUGCAUCCCUCCUUAUUUCCUCCUCUUUCUACUUCUUCCUCUUCAUCUUUUUAUAUCCACACUCCACCUAGAAGUGACAUUAAACCCCCCACAGCCACAAUUAGACAGAGAUCAGGUGCCGAUAAAUAAUUAAGACGCAAGGAGGAAUCCAAAACGAUCCUCACCAGGUACAAGAUGGGGGAAGGUGGAAAUACUCACAAAUUGAAAGAGUGAGGGUGACUCCUACCCAGAUUGCAAGGGCGUAGGUUUGCAUAGGGGUUGUAGGGACAUAACUCUACCAAGGACGCUCAAAUUGUCCCCACCAACUUUUAAACAACAUUAUUUGUGUGCCAGUCCAUUUUUCCCCCUCAAACACAUAUUGAUUGGCUGAUGACCACUGUAAUGUAAAAAGAUGUUGUGGAGGUGGGGAACACACCACUAAAUUUGAUACUAAGAGUCUGACCUGCAUCAGUUAGCAUAGUAUUCAAUUUAUCCCUUUUCACUUGCUGAAUGUGCCGGUCCAUUUUGUCCCCUCGAAUGCACAUUUGAUUGGCCAAUGACUUGACCUCCCACCCUUCCUGCCACACAAGCACAAUUACACAGCGCCGACAGAUUCAUGUCGACAACAUGCCUCCUCUGCCCCUUUCGGAGAGGAGGGAUAUUAGAAGUUUUUUCAGCCACGGUAACUAAUGUAAAAAGACGUCAAAGUUGUGGAGGUGGGGGUAACACCACUCAUUUAUCUACAGAAAGUCCGACCUUCAUCAGAGUUAGCAUUAACAUUAAACUGUGUGAACUUGCUAACCUGCAAAACUAUUGCGUUCAGGCCAGCCUCCACAAGGAACAACAAAAUUUAAGAUAGCCAUCCCUCAUUUGGAUCUUUAUUUGCAUUAAGUGCUUUAUGGUAAUGCAAUGCAUUGGCUUCAGAGUGCAAGUCCCUGUUAUUAAAGAAAAAAAAAAUGGGGAACUAUCCAAGAAUGAAUCCACUUCGGGGGACACUGACAUAAACAUGAACUGACAUGAAAAAAAAAUCUGUGAAAUGACAUAACACAUCAGAAUUUCAUGAGACUAAUUUGGUACUUUGGAGUCUGGUUUGCCUCAGAUUUACUGUAAUUUUUGCACUAUACUGCGCACCAGACUAUAAGCCGCCACCCACCAAAUAUGACACAAAAACAGCAUUUGUUCAUAGAUAAACCGCACUGGACUAUAAGCCGCAGCUCUCCUCACUGUAUUAUGGGAUAUUUACACCAAAAGAUAUCAUCCGGUACCACUUUAUUUGACAGCAGCAUCAUAAGACCAAAUGAACCACCAUUUAUUGCUUCAAGAAGCUUCAUUUGACCAUCCCUGUUCUCUUGGGGGUGACAAUCAACCUCUGCUGCCACCUGCUGUCCAUUCUGUUGUCAUCCAACAUGCCCCCUAGCAUGCAUUGCAGCGCUAAAAAUGUAAAUAAUAUAAUAUAAUAUAAAGUGAGACCUAUUAACCCAAAUAAAUAAGCCGCACUCGACUAUAAGCUGCAGGAUUUAAAAUGAGAGGGAAAUGUAGCGGCUUGUAGUGCAAAAAAAUUACGGUAGAUCGGUCCUUUGAUAUCUCAGAUUGCUUUUUUCAUAUUUUUUUCCCCAAAUUUACUUUUAUAUUGCAAUACUUUGAGUCCAGGGGUGCUCAAGUGUCCACCAGAAGUGGAUCCAUUGUUGGAUAGCUCCCCGUUUUUUUAAUAAAGGGACUUGCACUUGACAGCAUUUCUUUAGUAGUUUUUGAAAACAAAGGUUUGUAUUGUACGUUGUAUCACCUGAACCAAUACACUUGAAAGUUAGUACAACUUAAUUCAGAUUUAUUUUGCAGUGAUUAUUUAGCCUAUAUUCGUUAGAAAUGUAGCCCUGACCCCCGUUCAAUAAUCUGUUUGGUCUUAUUAAUAUCCCGUUCCCAGCAAAAAGUGUACAUGCAUGUUAUGCUGUUAAAUCAUUCCUACCAAUGUUGAGACCAAACCUACGCCCUUGCCAGAUUGGGAUGUUGUUUAAGGAUACUAAAAUAUCAAAGAAAAGCAUUUUUGUAAUCUAAUCCAAGAGUGGAAAUGUAGUAUAAUUCAAAUUUAAAUUAAAGUAAAAAUGUCGAACCAUAUUUACCUUUCUCUACAGUCAACAAUAUCAUAAAAUCUCUUCCGUAUGCAGCAUUUAAUCACAACAUUUUGUGUAAAAUUCCAUUGCAGAGUUGUUUGAAAAACAUUCCUCCCAAUCCAGCCUGUUGUUUUUUGUUUGCGGCCCUCAUUUAGUCUAAAGGCCCCGUUUGACCUGCCAUCGGAUCUCCACCCUGACCGGGUUAGACAACACACACCCUUGGGAUACACACACAAUUUCCUGAAAGCCAUCUUGUCUGUCUAGCACGCCGACCCUGUGAAAAAAUAUCCGCCUAAUAUCAUGAUUCUGUGAUGCGUUUGUAUGUAAAGCUUCCCUCCUCCGCCUGUUUGUUAAUUACGAUUUAAUGCUUUGUAAAUUGUCACGUCGUCAAUAAUGCAAGCCCAGGGAAAAAGGGCUCCUGUUGCACAUACUGCAAGGCCUUAACGCCACUACCAGUAACAUAACCACUACUACGUGCACAAUGCAAAGUGCUUGGCAAAUAAAAGUCAUGUGCUCCUGGCACGCCCAUUGUAAAUAUCAUGCACUCUAUUCAGCCUUUAUACUAUCUUUUUAUAACUAUAUAACACAUCGGCUAACAUAUUGGGCAUAUGGGGCUUGUUUUUAUAUAAACAUAUUAACCUGAGUACAGUGAAUCCACAUUUAUUCUGACUUUAAUCGACAAUUUAGUGAGGAUUCACAGCACUCUUUUUAAGGUACUUCCUGUAACUAAUAGCAACAUAUAAGUCUUAAGCUUCUUGUGUACAUAAGGCAUGAAUGUGUGUAUUAUUGAGACGUUCUUAACACACUUUAAAUGUGAUCGUUUGUCCAUUGUAGGGGGAAAAAAGGGAAAACUUGACUGGUGUACUGACAGUGAACUUCAUACCUCAGCUUGGAAACAUCUCAUUUAGUCUUUUGUAAUUUGCUUUUUCGUGAGCCGCGCCCAAAAGCGCUAACACUAUGCAGAUGCCAAAAAACACGCCGGAGAGGAAAAAGCAGUAGGGAGUGUUUGCAAACAUGUCCCCACUCAAGAUGGAAAUGAUGAUAAGAGUCCUAGAGAGAUACUGUGCUGUCCUGUUAAGUGCCUUCUAAGUGUGUGUAUGUAUGUGUUAAGCAUCUACUGUCCUUUGCAUCACUAUGUAAGCAAUCCAUCAAUUUUUAUUAUGUAAAAGCUGUAUCAUUUUAACGCUUAAUAAAUGUGUUAUCGCUGAUCAUGAAUAAUAAAACUGUGACAACCUAGCCCAAUCA